CCAGUUUCCCUCCUUGCUCCCUGUGGCUUCUCCACCCCAUGGCCCCCCUGGUGAAGACCCUGGCACUGCUGGCCAUGGCCACCACAGCUGUUGAGAUGGUUCCCCUGGACAUGGCCCAGGACUCCUUUGAUGACCAGUACCGAGGCUGUGGCCCUGCCAUGACCGCAGCGUUGCCAGCCCUCAAUAGCUCCGAGUUCCAGAGGAACCCUCUCUUUGCCCAGGCCUGGCCUAAGGCCACAGCCGAGUGGCAGAGUCGGGGGUCCCCUCUGUCCCCUCUGUCAUCCCCAGCCCAGGCCAUCGCCCUCAUGGCCUACACGAUGAAUGACCUGUACGAGAAUUUCAACCCAGCCGUGCGCACGGCUGGGCGCUCCCGCCAGGAAUACCGGGACAACUUCCACUUCAAAACGCUGCAUUUCCUGCUGACCCAGGCCCUGGUGACACUGAGGGACACUAGGGGACUGCAGUGUCACAACGUGUACCGGGGGGUGCGCAAGUACCAGUUCAAGGCAGAGCAUGGUGACAUUGUCCGAUUCGGUCAAUUCUCGUCAGCAUCACAGAGUGAAAAAACUGCUGAGAUAUUUGGGGAUGUCACGGUGUUCCAGGUGCACACGUGCCACGGUGUGGAAAUUCAGAACUUCUCCAAGUAUCCUCAUGAGAAGGAGGUGCUGAUCCCA